UGAAGCGUGUAUUCUGAAACUUCUUUAACCGAGAAUGGUAGAUGUUGCUUGGGCAGUGGUAAUAACUAGUGUUUUGACUCUGACUUUGGCACAGACCAAUGAUAUCAACAAGUUUGAAUACAACUAUUCGUUGAUGCGAAAUGCACUUCAAGAAGGAGAAGAUAACUUAGCUGGAUAUAAGCAAGUUUAUACAGAGAAUGAACAGAUUGUGUAUAAUUACCUUGAGUACCUAAAAUGGAAAGAAUUUCAAAGAACGCGUGAUGAUUUCCCGCCAGCAAGACCACUUAAACUUCAUAUAGACGACAUCAAAAUGUCAGAAGUAUACAAGCUGCUUAAAACAUUCCCAAAAGGCGGAAAUAUCCAUUUGCAUCAUAAUCACGUAGUGACCAAGCUAAAAAUGCUUGAGUUGAUAUUUUCCAGUUUUUUAUACGACCAUUUAUAUGUCAAAGCUAGUGCACCUGGUAUGUGGAAUCUGGACUUUUUCUUGAGUCCUCCUCAAGGAUGGAACAAAGUCAAAGACAAUCAGUCAUAUUCCAAAGAUAUUCUGGUAAAACAUGCGACACUCCUUGGUGUUAUUGACAUGAAAGCAACCAACGACCCAACAAACAGUGAACUACGAUGGGAAGAAAUGAACCCUUUGUUUGAAGUUUUGGGAUCAAACAUUAUCAAUCAUGCAAAUUUUUCAAAGGUUUACACGAACGCGUUACUUCAACAAGCAAUGGAUGAAAAUGUUCAAUAUUUAGAAACUAAGUCGUCAUCGUCUAAUAAACUGUACGUGCUAGAUCCAGACAGAAGCUAUUUGGGAAAAAAUGGAAAACGCUUCAUUGACAAUGACUUAGGUGAGCUGGAAUUACAAUUUACAAGUGAGGUUGUCCAAAAGUUUAAACAAAAUAAUCCAAACUUCAUCGGAUACAAACGAAUCGUUAACUCUUAUCGUGGUGGAGAUGAACAAUAUAUUUUGAAAAAUGCUAACAAAGCGCUGACCUUAUUUGAAAGGUAUCCUGAUUUGGUAUCGGGAUUUGACCUUGUGGCUGAGGAAGAUAAAGGGUAUUCCCUUUUAUUUUACCUUGACGAUUUUGCGAAGAUGGCAGCUCAGAAUGUCUCGUUACCAUACUUUUUUCAUACCGGAGAAACUAACUGGCCAGACGAUAUCCUUUCUUCAGCACAUAACGACGACCCUGUUCCGACAAUGGGGAAUAUUUACGACGCAAUUCUUCUUGGCGCCAAACGAGUAGGUCAUGGAUUAGGAUACGUGAAACAUCCCUAUCUCAUGGAAGUUUUGAAAAAGAAGAACAUCGCAAUAGAAAUUAAUCCAGUUAGCAACAAAAUGUUAGGUUACGUUGCAGAUCAGAGACAUCAUCCAGCCAUCACUUAUCUUCGUUAUGGAAUACCUAUUGUACUGGGUUCCGACGAUCCUGCUACCUUUGGCUAUGAUGAAUUUACCGUCGAUUGGUAUGAAGCUUUUAUGAGUUGGGGACUUAAUCUGGCCGAUCUGCGACAUCUAGCUUUCAAUUCCUUACGUUAUAGUUCUCUCUCGAGUUCAGAUAAGAACACGGCUUACAAAAAAUGGACACUAUCAUAUGACAAUUUCAUACUCAAUACAAAGACAGUUGCAUGUAAACAGAUAUUUCAAAACACUUUUCCACAUAUUUUCAGAAUUUUUCCGCAAGAAGGCGACAUGAAAGGAGGAACAAAAAUCCAGGUUUUUGGAAGAAACUUUCACGUUGCUAUUUGCAGGAAAAUAGUAUGCAAUUUUGGCGAUAUAAAAACAACAGGAACAUUUGUAUACAGUCACAGAAUAACGUGCAAUUCUCCAGACCUUUCGCAUAGCAGUACAAUACAUCCACGCGUUGUAUCAUUGACCAUCUCUCUCGAUGGUGGUUUAACGUACUUACAGAACACUUUCACAUUUUCGUAUCUUCAAACCAAUCACUUACCAAUUCCGGAGAUUGUUGGAUAAUGAACAUAUGCUUUUUUUAAAUACUGAAAAACGUCAAAAUUGAUCAGUACAUAUAAAUGUUUGUAAGCCAUCAUCUGUAGCAUCUAUUUGUUUUUCUGAAAUAUCCCUCACCAAACCGAGUUAAGUGAU